AUGAGCGGCCUUCGUUUCCUCGACUUGAUCAAGCCCUUCACGCCCCUCCUCCCGGAGGUGGCAGCCCCCGAAACGAAGGUGCCCUUUAACCAGAAGUUGAUGUGGACGGGGUUGACUUUGUUGAUCUUCUUGGUGAUGAGUCAAAUGCCGCUUUAUGGUAUUGUCUCUUCGGAUACCUCCGAUCCCCUUUACUGGCUCCGAAUGAUGUUGGCCAGUAAUCGUGGAACUCUAAUGGAACUGGGUAUCACUCCCAUCAUCUCAUCCGGCAUGGUGUUCCAGCUUCUUGCUGGAACCCACCUCAUCGACGUUAACCUUGACCUCAAAACCGACCGUGAGCUCUAUCAGACCGCCCAAAAACUUUUCGCCAUCAUUCUGGCUUUUGGCCAAGGUUGUGUUUAUGUCCUCACUGGUCUUUAUGGCCAGCCCAGCGAUCUCGGUGCCGGAAUCUGCGUCCUGUUGAUUGUCCAGCUUGUCGUCGCCGGUCUCGUUGUUAUCUUGUUGGAUGAAUUGCUGCAAAAGGGCUACGGUCUUGGUAGCGGUAUCUCUUUGUUCAUCGCGACCAACAUUUGCGAAUCCAUUAUGUGGAAGGCUUUCUCGCCUACCACCUACAAUACUGGCCGUGGACCCGAGUUUGAAGGAGCAGUCGUGGCCUUGUUCCAUCUCCUCUUGACAUGGAAAGACAAGCAGCGGGCGUUGCAUGAAGCUUUCUAUCGUCAGAACCUCCCCAACAUUAUGAAUCUUCUUGCGACUCUCGUUGUCUUUGCUGCGGUUAUCUAUCUCCAAGGCUUCCGUGUUGAAAUUCCCGUCAAGUCUUCCCGCCAACGCGGUAUGCGCGGAUCCUAUCCCGUCCGUCUCUUCUACACAUCCAACAUGCCAAUCAUGCUUCAAUCCGCCCUCUGCUCCAACAUUUUCUUGAUCAGCCAGAUGCUUUACUCUCGGUUCUCUGACAAUUUGCUUGUGAAGCUCCUCGGUGUCUGGGAACCUCGUGAAGGUGGCUCCGCUCAGCUCCAUGCUUCUUCUGGUAUUGCGUACUACAUGUCCCCUCCCCUCAACUUCAAGGAGGCUUUGUUGGACCCUAUCCAUACUGCUAUCUAUGUGGCCUUUAUGCUCGUCGCCUGCGCUCUCUUCUCAAAGACAUGGAUUGAGGUUUCUGGGUCAGCCCCAAGGGAUGUUGCCAAGCAACUUAAGGACCAAGGACUCGUUAUGGCCGGACACCGUGAGCAAAGUAUGUAUAAGGAGCUUAAGCGUGUUAUCCCAACUGCCGCUGCGUUCGGUGGAGCAUGUAUUGGUGCUUUGUCCGUCGCUAGCGACCUUAUGGGUGCCUUGGGAAGUGGAACCGGUAUUCUCCUGGCUGUCACGAUCAUAUACGGCUAUUUUGAAAUCGCAGCUCGAGAAGGCGACUUUGGUGCAGGGUUGAAGGGCCUUGUGCCCGGUAACUAG